AUGGCGGGUAUCUUACAAGCAAUAUUUGAGAGCUUUCUUCGGGCACGACAACGAGAGCUUGCUAACGAUGCGGCAAGUCUUGCCGCCGUUUCUCACACAUGGGCUUCACUUGCGGCGGAUUUUCGAAGAUCGAUCGAAGACGCUAGCACGACUGAAGCAAAGAUCACAGACACAGUUGAUCUAGAAAUGCGAUUCGGACUAGCACUCAUCGAACAGAGAAGUGAGCUGCAGAGUAAACAUGCAAUCGACCUCGAAGAGCAGGAGCGUCAGCACCGACGCGAUAACCAAAAUGCGCUUCAGAAACAGAAGCAGCAAUUUGACGAAGAGCUAGACAGCGCUCUUCAGACACAGAAACAAGAGCUAGAGCAGACUCAGAAAGAGCUCCAAGAGGACAAAGAUGUUGCCGAAUCUGCACUCAUAAAAGAGAGACAAGAUAGGUACUUCAUCCAGCAGACGUUACUCCACAAAAUCACAAAGGCUAGCCGCUAUUUCGGCUUUGAGAUGCCGGAAGAUUUCGACUUCAUCGACAAGGUAGACAUGGCCUUUCAGCUAGGGAAGCUGAACGCCUCCAGAGUUUGUCGACGAGCGUUUGACGAGUUGUCGGAGCGUCUCAACGUGCGUCUAGAACAGUGGCCGUCGAAUGAGGAGAUCUUCUUCCAAGAGCAUACCGAUGAAUAUAUGGCACUCCUCACUAGCCAGGUGGACAGAUUAGUCCAAGCCUGCGACGAUAGAAUCGGCACAGAACAGUGCCGUACUACCGACGUCCGACGCGCAUCGCUGAUCUCGAAGAUAGAGGUCACAGAGCAGGCCAGUAACGCCAUCGGGGAUCUGAGAGCGCAGUUAGCAGCGAAGGACAAGUUGUGGGGUCAGGUCGUGACAAGUUUAGAGGCGUGCUUGGUCGCGAAAGACCAACAGAUCGAUGCCCUGACAGAACGUCUCAGAUUGCAGACGCAGAUGCUAGACGAGACACACGCCCUACUGAAGCAGAUUGCAGGCGCAGCCGCAGAGUCAGUAGAGUAG